UUCCGUCGCGCAGAGUAGUAGGUCCAGUUAUUUUCUCUGCGCUGUUGUUUCUAUUCAAUUCUUUUCUGAUUUUUGAUCGGAUUCAAAAAAAUUAAAGAAGAAAUAUACACAAGAAGCACAACGAAACAGACAGAAUUUCUGUACAUCCAAGUUUGAAUUAUUUAUUCUAUAUAUAUAGCGAGUGUGAAUCGGUGCAUCUACUACUAUUACUUCAAUCAAAUUUCGGAUUGCGAGGAUCAACGGCUGAAACAUUUGAAUUUCCAAUUUCCGUCACCUCUCAAUCGUCACUUUCCAUCAGCGGACCAUGGGUGCGACCGGGUUACCGCUCAUCUAUUCGGCCGUCUUGCUGGCCCUCUGCGUCUCCUACAUUCAAGGCCGAGUCGGGUUUGAGAAGCUGUCGGAAAUGGACUACCGGGGCAACACUUACUACACCAUCCGCAAUUUAUCCCUUUACGAAUGCCAAGGAUGGUGCCGGGAGGAACCCGAUUGCGCCUCGGCGUCCUUCAGUUUCGUGGUCAACCCGUUGGCGCCCGUCCAGGAGACCGUCUGUUUGCUCCAGAACGAGACGACCGGAUCCAACCCGACCGUCAAUCCGCAAAAGGCCGUGUCGACUUAUUACAUGAUCAAGCUCAACAUCAGAUCGGAAAAUGUUUGCAACCGACCGUGGACUUUUGAGAGAGUGCCAAACAAAAUGCUUCGUGGUUUGGACAACGCGCUCAUCUUUACGGCCACCAAAGAGUCUUGCCUGGCCGCCUGCCUCAACGAGAAGCGAUUCGUUUGCCGCUCGGCCGAGUACAAUUACAUCACCACCAAGUGCCACCUGAGCGAACACGAUCGGCGAUCGGUGGAGGACUCGAUCGAAUUGGUCGACGCCCAGGGAGUCGAUUACUUUGAGAAUCUCUGCUUGAAAGCCGCCGACGGAUGUCGAGGAGUCCGCCAGUACGCCGUGCCGUCCAUCGGCGUCGCUGACGAUCGCGUCGCUCAUCACGCCGGCGUCUAUUUCUACGUCGACAAGGAAUUAUUGGCGAGCAAUGAAGCGGCGUGUCAACGUGCCUGCCAAGUGGAGAACGAAUUCCUCUGUCGCUCCUACCUGUUCAAGGAGAGCUCGGCCGGCCUGGAGUACAACUGCCAGCUGUACCAUUUGGAUCAUUUCUCACUGCCGGAUGGACCCAGCACUUUUCUCACCACCGACCGGCCGCUGCUCGACGACGGAGAACCUGUUGGCAAAUUCGUCGAAAACGUUUGCAUCAGUCCUGAAGGACUUGGUGAGCUCACCGGUGGACAGGAACCCGUCAGCGGCGGAUUAACCGGUGGAACUGGUGGCAGUGGGAUCGGGGGAAGCGGCGGAAGUGGAUCAGGAGGAAUUGGCGGAAUUGGCGGAAGUGGAAGUCAAGGAAGCGGAAGUGGAUCUGGAAAUGUUGGCGACGGAUCAGGAAUCGGAGGAAGUGGGUCUGGAUCUGGAAUUGGUGGAAGCGGAUCUGGAUCUGGAAUUGGCGGAAGCGGAUCCGGCUCUGGCGGAAGUGGAUCUGGAAGUGGCGGAAGUGGAAGUCCCGGAACUGGUGGUGGAUCAAUUGGAAGCGGCGUCAGCACGCCUCGGCCAGCCCGCCCUACUCGCCCAGGUCUUAACGUUGGAACCGAAUUGGGAACUGGAUCAACUGGAUCAACUGGAUCAACUGGCAGUGGGAGCGGCGGCAGUAACACUGGGCUCAUUGGCGAUGGAUCAGGCGGAAUCAGCGGAGGCGAUCAAACCGGUCCUACUGAAAGUGACAUCAACUGCGACCGUACUGGAACCUGUUACGAUGUCGGAGUUCAUUGUCGUGAUACCAAGAUCGAAGUUCUCGUUAAAACCAACCGGCCCUUUAGCGGUCGCGUUUACGCUCUCGGUCGCAGUGAAACUUGCAACAUCGACGUCCAGAAUAGCGACAGCUUCCGGUUGGACUUGACCAUGAACGGCGGCGACUGUAACACCCAAUCCAUGUCGGGCAUGUUCACCAACACCAUCGUCCUCCAGCACCACAGCGUCGUCAUGACUAAAGGCGACAAGAUUUACAAGAUUAAAUGCACCUACGACAUGUCGCCGCGCAACGUUUCCUUCGGCAUGAUGCCCAUCAGAGAUCCGGACAUGAUCAGCAUCACUUCCGCACCGGCUGCACCACCUCCACGCAUCCGCAUUUUGGAUCCCACCGGUGGCGAUGUCGAAACUGUUCGUAUCGGAGAUCGACUCAUUUUCCGCAUUGAAAUUCCCGGCAACACUCCCUACGGCAUUUUCGCUCGCAGCUGUCUUGCCAUGGCCAAAGACUCCAGAAGUACCUUUCAGAUCAUCGACGACGACGGUUGCCCAACUGAUCCAUCCAUCUUCCCUCGCUUCGUUCCGGACGGAACUGCUCUGCAGAGCACCUACGAAGCUUUCCGCUUCACCGAGAGCUACGGUGUCAUCUUCCAGUGCAACGUGCGAUAUUGUCUAGGACCUUGCGAACCGGCUAAUUGCCAAUGGGGAAGAGACACGAUAGAAUCCUGGGGACGUAAGCGCCGUAGUGCCGAGAAAGUUGAAAAGACCGAAGAGGACAUGACCAUGUCGCACGAAAUUCUCGUUCUUGACUUUGGAGAUGAAGAUACGAAAUUCAGCCACCGACAGACUGCCACCUUGCCGGCCAAUUUCCCCAACAACAGUACUUACACAGUGCAUGAAGAGACGGUGACCGUAUUCAACAGCACUUGCCCAACAAAGACGUCCGUCCUGGCGUUGGCCGUCACCUGCGCACUUCUCUUAUUACUGUACAUCUGCACCGUGUUCUACUUCCUCAUGCGCCGCUGGUUGGGACCCGACAAGAGCGUCUAAGAUUAUAUACAAACCCACAUCUAUAAUCAAGGUGUGGAAUCCUAAUAUCUAAAAAACACGGGACAUAUUUUCCGAUCGUGAAGCCCUCCUCCUAAACAUAAUCGUUAUAUCCAUUCGUCGUCACGUCAAUUUCGCUAGAUAUUCAUUGAAUUUCCAUUUAUCAUUUUUUUUUUGUUAAUUAUUAUUUGCUUGAUUUGUUAAAGCAGCGCUUUAACAUGACUUCUGGUUGAAUCUUUUUUUGUUUUUCUUCCUUGGUGGACCUACAGGGAACUGGUCCAUUUUAGUAAUUUAUUAUCCUAUAUAAUCUUUUUAGGUGUUUCAAAACUAGCCCAGGGCAAUUUUGUUGAGUGGUGCUUAUUACGGCAGAUCUUAUCCUGGUUUUUCUCUAGCACACUUGUUAUAAUGUAAAUAUGAUUUAAGUGGGGGGGAUGACUUAUAUAUAAAUGAAGUCUUCAAAAUUCUAAUAUUCUUGGGAAACCGGUUGUAGUUGGAAACGAAACAAAAAAAUAACCGUUUUUAUUAUCGAAUGUUUCUUCGUUUAUGUUUUUCCCUGCCCCAUAAUAAAACUUUGUCUGCAGUAUGAAUAAACUGAUUCACACUAGUAAUGUUUGGGAAAUC